GCCCAUCACAACUCGUCAUUCAUUACCAUAGUUAGCAAUGCGAUUUUGAUCACAUUCAAUACCAUUUCGCAUAUCCAAAAAAAUUCAAUAUGACACGCUUCAGACCAUGUAUUGACCUCCAUUCGGGGCAGGUCAAGCAGAUUGUUGGUGGAACGUUGGACAGCACGUCAAGCGCCCUCAAGACCAAUUUUGUGUCAGACCAGCCAGCAGCUCACUAUGCGACAUUAUACAAAGACAAUGCCUUGGAAGGCGGACAUGUCAUCAUGCUGGGGCCAAAUAAUGACUCGGCUGCGAAAGAAUCUUUAUCAGCAUGGCCUAACGGGCUACAAGUUGGAGGCGGCAUCAACGAGAAGAAUGCUGCGCGGUGGAUUGAAGCCGGAGCAAGCAAAGUUAUCAUUACCUCCUUCCUAUUUCCAGGGGGCCAAUUUAGUCAGCCUCGAUUAGAUGCCGUACUGGAAUCCCUUGGGGGUGACAAGAACAAGCUGGUGAUUGAUCUUAGUUGCAGAAGGCGCGGACAAGAUUGUUGGUUCGUUGCUAUGAACAAGUGGCAAACCAUCACUGAUAUGGAAGUAAAUGAAGAGUCUAUCAAGUCCCUCGAACCGUUCUGCUCCGAGUUCCUCAUACAUGCAGCCGACAAUGAAGGUUUACAACAGGGUAUUGAUGAAGAACUUGUGAAACGACUUGCCUCUUGGUGCUCGAUUCCAGUAACGUAUGCUGGAGGUGGCAAGACGAUUGACGACUUGGAGCUUGUCAAACAACUGAGUGGCGGCAAGGUCGAUCUCACAAUAGGAAGCGCUUUGGACUGUUUCGGCGGUACUGGAGUAAAAUUUGCCGAUUGUGUAGAAUGGAAUAGAAAACAGGACUAAAAUUAGAAAAAUAAAACGAUGACUUUAUGAUGCACCAUACUCCCUGUCCUGAUUCUUUUACAAAUAGUUGGUGGAAGAUGACAAGCACGUGGUUGUUCACAACUGCGUAAAUUUGUUUAUGUUAUUCAUGAAUUCAUAUCUCGCCCAACACGCAAACUGCGGUAUUAGACGCCAGUAAGUUCCGUAGAUGAUUAACGCCGUGGACCCCGACUUCCAGUAGAAGCCAUAUGCAUACAUUACAGUACAGAAAGAAAAAGAGACCAGCACCAAUCAUGCUUGUGUUCGACUGGCGAAUCGGGCUUUUCUUGCAUCCUCUUCGCGAAUGGCUUCACUUCGGGCAAGGAAAUCCUGGCGCGCGGCAUACGAAGUCUUGGAUUUGCCAGCAAGCUCCAGCUCGUCCUUGAUGCCCUCUUUGUCGACGAAGCCCGCCCAGUCCAUUCUACUCUUCUCGACCGUCGUCAGUUUCUUCGCCUGCGCAUCCUUUGCAGCCUGCAUGCGCGCGGCCAUGCUGAGAUUGAGGUCGGAUCGCUUCGACGAAAUAUCACCCAGCGGCUCAAACAUGGAUCGGAACGCCUUCUUGGUUACGCGCUUCGGCGGGGACGCAUCGCCUUCUUCUUGGCCCUCUUGGGACGCAAGGUAGAGCUUUGCUUCGGCGGAGUCGCGUGCAACUAGCUUUUCUUCUGUGUGAACUCGGCCGGCAAAGUUGUAUUUUCGUUUGAUGCGGAUCAUGGCCGGUGAGCCAUUCGCUGGCGACUUUGUGGCGAGAGGGGACUUUGUAUCCGCGUCAGCGGCGGUGGAAUCUGGCGUUUUCGGACGUUCAGGGAUAAUCGGUUGACCGGAAAUCAUUUGCGCCCAGACGGCAUCGACAUCGAUUGUCACUGGGCCUAGAUUGGCCAGCACACUCUCUUCUUCCUUUCUAGUCAGUGUUAGCAGGCGCGUCGGAAAUGUUGAAGUGCCAUUACGACGUACUCAGCUGCCCGUUGUCUUCGGGUCUUGAUUAAACCACCCUCACCACCUUCUUCGUCAUCGUCAUCGUGGUUGUUUUUGGUUUUUUUAAGCUUCUUUCUACCCUUUGUGAUGAUGGCCUCGUCUCCAGAAUUGUUGUAGUCGGCGUCUGUUUCCUCUGUUGUUGCGACGGCGCUCUUUUGUUUUGCCGGACCGCUAUUUUCUCUGUCAGAGUCUGAGCCCUCGGAGCCUACAUCGGCAGCAUCCUCCGGCGCAAAGUCCGAAUCCUCAGCUGAGUUGUAGUGCUCAUCUUCGUCCUCGUGGAGCAGAUCGUGCGACAUUGUGUGGUGCGGUGUGGUGUUGCAGUCUGUUUGCGGCUCAGUCAGCACCAGCUUUGCGUCGCCCGUUUGGUGCGUAUGGCUUUGCGUCUAUGCGAGAGAAUCGCUUGUAGAAUGGCUUUUUUUGUAAGGUCGACAGCAAAGAGGUGCUUUAGCAGAGCUACGCGCGGGGAUUCGAAGCGCGAUGUUGAUGGCAAC